GCGAAGCCGCAAACGCCUGUCAGCUGCCUCCCGGCGCCACCCGCGCUGCUCCCAUUGUCACCGCCUCACACGCCGGAAGUGGAACUGCGCGCGUCCCGGAGGUUGUCGGGAGGGGCCCGUGAAGAAAACAAGCGGCUGGCGAUCCGAAAAGAGGCUCGACGCUACGGUAUAUGAGGAACUUUGAUCCUUGCGGGCCACCGUUCCGGAAGUGGAAUUUAGAGGAAGAAAGUACCGGAGUUGCAGGGGAUAGGUAAAUUUCUCAACGUUAUAGGUUGGGGUUCUUAGAACUUUUUGUGGUGUAUGUUGAGCUAGAGCGACUCAGAAGUGUUAGUUACCUCACCUAAAAAUAACCUCUCUGCUGAGCGCGACCGGUUUGUGGCGCAAGAUGAGCCUUGAGGCUUCUGAGACAGCCGGUCUGCACUGUUCCUCGGUGGCGACCUUAUUUAUGAGAUGAGUUAAUGCUUCACUGACUUACCAUGGCGCAGCGGGCAGUGUGGCUUAUAAGUCACGAACCGGGAACUCCACUUUGUGGCACCGUGAGAUUCUCCAGGCGGUAUCCAACGGUUGAAAAACGAGCCAGAGUCUUCAAUGGAGCAAGUUAUGUGCCUAUUCCCGAAGAUGGUCCCUUUCUUAAAGCACUGCUCUUUGAACUUAGAUUAUUGGAUGAUGAUAAAGACUUUGUUGAGAGUCGUGAUAGCUGUUCACGCAUCAAUAAAACAUCCAUUUAUGGACUCUUGAUAGGAGGUGAAGAACUCUGGCCCGUUGUUGCUUUUCUGAAGAAUGACAUUAUAUAUGCUUGUGUUCCACUAGUUGAACAAACUCUGUCCCCUCGUCCGCCAUUAAUUAGUGUUAGUGGAGUUUCACAAGGCUUUGAAUUUCUUUUUGGGAUACAGGAUUUUCUUUAUUCAGGUCAAAAAAAUGACUCUGAGCUAAAUACAAAAUUGAGCCAGUUGCCUGACUUGCUUCUGCAGGCUUGUCCGUUUGGCACUUUAUUAGAUGCCAACUUAAAGAAUUCAUUAGAUAAUACCAAUUUUGCAUCUGUGACUCAGCCACAAAAACAGCCAGCUUGGAAAACUGGAACGUACAAAGGAAAACCACAAGUUUCUAUUUCUAUCACUGAAAAGGUAAAAUCCAUGCAAUAUGAUAAACAGGGUAUAGCGGAUACAUGGCAAGUUGUUGGAACAGUGACUUGCAAGUGUGAUUUGGAAGGAAUCAUGCCAAAUGUUACCAUCAGCUUGAAUCUCCCCACCAAUGGAUCUCCACUUCAAGAUAUUCUAGUUCAUCCUUGUGUAACUUCUCUUGACUCUGCAAUUCUGACUUCUAGUAGUAUUGAUGCAAUGGAUGACUCUGCAUUUAGUGGGCCUUACAAAUUUCCAUUGACUCCACCUUUAGAGUCAUUCAACUUAUGCUACUACACUUCCCAGGUCCCUGUCCCACCAAUUUUGGGAUUUUAUCAAUUGAAGGAGGAAGAAGUACAACUAAGAAUAACCAUUAAUUUAAAACUUCACGAAAGUGUGAAAAAUAAUUUUGAAUUCUGUGAAGCUCAUAUACCUUUUUACAAUAGAGGUCCAAUUACACAUUUGGAAUAUAAAACUAGUUUUGGCCAGCUCGAAGUAUUUCGAGAGAAAAGCUUACUGAUCUGGAUUAUUGGCCAGAAGUUCCCAAAAUCAAUGGAAAUUAGUCUUUCUGGAACUGUAACUUUUGGAGCCAAGAGCCAUGAGAAGCAGCCAUUUGACCCAAUUUGUAUUGGAGAAACAGCAUAUUUAAAGGGGCACCCUGGCCACUACACUGCAACCUGGACAACAGAGUGUGCUAUGUCUUCAGAGAAGCUUCAUUUUAGGAUCUUAGAUUACACACUCACUGGGUGUUACGCAGAUCAGCAUUCAGUUCAAGUUUUUGCAUCAGGAAAACCAAAAAUAAGUGCAUACCGGAAACUAAUUUCUUCUGAUUAUUACAUCUGGAAUUCUAAAGCCCCCGCUCCAGUAACAUAUGGAUCAUUAUUACUGUAAUAGUCUCAUGUUUAAAUGGGAUUAUAUAAUGAUAACAGUUUGAAGGAAAUCAUAAUCUUACAUUUUUAAUGUGGAUGCAUAGAACCUGUGAGUGAAAAAUCACUGAAUUAUUUAAUUGUAAAAGUAGUCUUAUUUGGUGUUUGUAGUCUGAUAGAACUUGAAAGGAUGUUUUAAAAGCUAAUGUCUCCAAUUUUGUUAACCUUUGAUUUUAUGCCAGUAUAAUUCAGAACAUAGAAAAGUAAUGAUUCACUUGGGCUCAUUUUAGACUAGUCCUGGGUCACCCUGCCACACUUGUUUCUUAGUGUUUCUGUGGCAGACAUUGCUAAUCAAUUAUAGCCCUUUUCUGUACUGAGCCUUGGAUAAAGGGUCAGGCUCCUUUUCAGUUCAGAGAUUCAGGGUUGUAGAUGAUGUGCAAUAUAAAAACUAUUUUCUCUUCCACAUCUAAGUACUAAGCUCCUAGUAUAAGGUGUUGUUGCACAAUACCAGAGGCCAUGUUAGAAACAACUACAUCUCUUCAAAAAACAGCCAACAGAGACAAAGGAAAAGUGUUUAAGUAGUAACCUGUUCUUCUUAAUCAGAACUAUCCUAUUGACUAAUAAAGAAUCUGCAUAAUUCUACUUUUCUACUUAAGGUGUGUAAUCUCUGUUCGAGAGUUAGUUUUUAAGUAAGCUUGUUAAUCUGCCACAAUGACAUUUUGCUUAGGAUGUCAGUAGCCAUAUUAAGAUGUGUGGAAUAGCUUCAGAAGAGGAUCAUAGUGUUUUGUAAUCGUUUAAUGUCUGCAGCUAAAUUUUUAAAGGUAAUUUAGAUCUAAUACUGCUCUUUCUGUGUCUUAUUAAGUUAAAAUUAAUGAAUGAAUUCUGGAAAAAAAUUCAAAAGGCACUCUGUGGGUAGAGAGUAUCAUUUAAGCUUAUUUUAGUCACAUGUAGUAUAUAUCUCCUUAAAGCUGUCACUCUCACUUUCUUACCAUUCUCUUGAUUUCUUCAGAAACCAUCUAAUCAUCUUUAUUCUCUACCUACUUCUGCAAUUAUAUGUCAUAUUAUGUUUUCAGAGCAGUUCAUUGUCAAGUUGGACUUUAAGUGACCAUUCAAGAAAAGAUGAAAUCUCACGAACCUCAAAACUUCAUUCAUGUCUUUUUACAGAUUAGAAAAAAAUAUGCAUUAAAGAUUAAUACUCAAUUUGAUAAUAUCUUGGGUUCUGUUUUUUAAUGAGUCUUCUAAGGAAAAGCUUAGAAAAUUUGCUAACUCCUCAAAAAAGAGCAUGAUAGUUUAAAGGGAUUGUGCAUAUAAAUUUAGGAUUUGAAAUAUGAUUUUUUAAUUAAGGUCAGUCCUACUCAUAAACUCAUUUUCUGCAAAGCAUUAUCAUGGCAUAAGGUUCUGUGUUCAAAAUUAUCCCAUGUAACAAAGAAAAAAGAAUAAUUGCGUGACCAGGACUUUAACUUGUUAUUCUAGCUUAAUCAUAGAUAAUCAGCAGUGAAAACUUUCCUUUAGAAAGAAGAAAAUAUCAUUCCCUGUAAGUUAUUUGAUCUCUCUUAAACUCAAAUAAAGCUUAACAUUUCACUUAUGUUGAUAAGUUAAUGGUAAUGGAGCCAUUUGGAAUCUUGAUUGUAUAAAUGUUUACCAAAUACACUAAGGUAAGCAAGAGGCAUUUAUCUAGUGAGUAGGCGAAGAUUUAAUAUAAUAAUCCCCUAGGCAAAAGUUUAUAAGCAGUUAGAAAAAUCAGUGAAUCUUCUAUUUGGCAUUUCUAGAAACUGGAGGAAAAUCUAGGGUGUCCUGGAAAAGUGAUGAGGUGUUGGGGAACCUGAUGCCAUCUGUUGCCAUUCCAUUCUAACAUAGUGCUACAGAACUGAACCAACUUAGGUUUUCAUCCCAUUGAGAUCAGCUGGGCACACUGUGAUGCUUUUGAUUUUGUCUAGAAACCUGUCACUUCAGGAUAAUUUCUGAAGACAGAGUCUGUUUCCCGUUUGGUAGGUGACCUGUUUAAUGUUUUCCCUGUGUCUGGGAACUCCUUAGUGUAAUUAGCGACCUUUGAACUCCACAACUAAUCCUGAGCUAUUUUGUAUUCCUUACUCAUCUUUAAGGCUGGACCUUUCUUUUCUUCAGAGUCUGCUGCCACAAUUAAAGAAGAAACAGCUGCAUUUCAAAGGGAUUCCUAUUCCAGAAGCUUAAUCGUGAUUGACAUGUUCUUAUUCUAAGCUAUAAGACACUCUAAGAGUCCUUUCUUGGGUUAAAACUUCAAUCAUUUUCUAAAAAAUUAUCUCACUAUGGAUUUUAUUCAUUUUCUUUGAUAACUAUUCUUUGCAUUUUUUAACUUGAAAGAUGCUUUGCGUUUGCAGUGCAUAUGAGCAGCUACUUCCAGUGAAAGAUUUGGAUAGUGUCAGACCUUCUCUAGAUGCAAAAUUGCUAAAUUCCCUUUUAGUGCCAAAAUAUGAUUAUGAAAUCUGAUGUCUAUCACAUAGGUAAUUAUUCUUCAAUAAAUUCGAAAGGUUAAAAAAAAAAAGUGUUAAAUUUUUUAGAAUGAACUCCAGAAAAGAUGGUUCAUGAUUUUGUAAACCCUUUUCUCCAUUUUUUACUAAACAAUAUUUUAAAAACUUUUUAAAGCCAGCAAUAUAGUACUCAAGCAAUACACCCUUACAGUAGUGGCAUUUUUUUUUUUUUUAACUUUUUAAGCAAUUGAUUCAAAUGUCAAGUUUGCAGUAGGCUUGUCAGGAAUUCCGAUGACAAUUAUUUGUUUAAAAAAAUUUUUGUAUUAAACAUUAGUCUGUCCCAUAAAAUAGUUUUCAUUUUUUCACACCAAUUCAGUAUUUCUACUGGAUUAAAAUUAUUAUGGUGUUUUUAUACAUUGUAUGAUUUAAGAUCUUUCAAGGCAGACAUUUAUACUUAGUCACAAUUGCCAAUUUUUUUUGGUUUUUGUUAUAGUAUUUCAAAAUACUUCAUAGACAUUGAUAAACUGCUACACUACCCCUGGGAGCUAGGUAGGUGGAAUUAUCAUCCAGGACUUCUGUAGGGACUGCUGCCACAACAGAAUGGUUGUUCCUAAGACAAAGGUCAAAAAAAGGGGUGUUAAUAAACAGUCCUCAGGUUUAAGGGACUUUUUUAGGAUUACAUCUUAAAUUCCAACAAAUCAGAUUUAGGAGUUACUGAAAGUGAAAUUGAUCCAUCCCUCAUCCAAACUUUGCAAUACUUUCCUGUUCUGACAUCAUUUAGAUAGUUAGCUGUAUUAUCAGAUUAGAAACCAUUGUACCAGGCUGCUGAAAGGAAAAGGAGGCAAAAAGCUAAACAUGGGAUGAAUUCUGAACCUUUUAACCUGGCUGAAGUACGUUGGUCCCUGUUAUGCAAAUACCUUCAAUCCUCUGCUAAGUUCAGUGGAAAUAAUUUUCUUGAAUGACAGGUUUAUUCAGCAAGGAUUCAGUUGGUGAUUAAUCCCCCUUUGAUCUAGGGUAUUUCACUUAACUACCAGUUACCUCGUUCUGACAAAGUGCAACUGAGAUUAGGGAGAUCACUAGAACACUACCAGGGUGUGCGUUUAUUCUCUAUAACCUUUUAAAGCAAGGGCCAAGAAUGCAAUUUAUUUUCAGUAUUUGAAGAUGUAAAGUCCUGUCUGCUAAGUUAGAAAGUCAAUUGAAUACCAAAUGAAGUUUAUGUCUUACGUAAUAGAACAAACAUUUCUUUUUGCUUUGCCUAACAAUGAUAUUAGGAAACACAGGCUUUGAAGAAAGAAGAAACAAAGACUACAUUCUAAGUAUUGCUUCUAGUUUUGUUUCAUGCACUAGAGUAUACUUACUGGCCCUGAGAUAACCCAAAAAUCAAAGCAGUGGCUAUAACUUAGGCUGAGAAAAUGCUUCUGUUUUAUUAAGCUGCGUGGUUUCUUCUCACCUUUCCCCUACCACCACCACCACCACCAUUAGAAAAUGUCAUACUGUGUGGUAAAGAAAUCCAGUUGAGGAAAAUGUGUUGCAGUACACGGUUAUCCACCUUAAGACUAAUGAUUCUGAAGCUUUGUUAACUAUUUCUUUUCUUGAGGCAAAGGAGCUUCUUAUGUUUCCAUUAUAAGAAUAAUUGCAUUCAUUGUCAGGACGCUUUUUAAAAAAAAAAAAAAAAAGUGACAGCAUUACCAAAAUACUCGAGUAAUUAAAUUUUUUCUGCCUGCC